UAGGUUCUGGGGGGCGGGGGGGGGGCUUGUGUCAGGUGUACACUGGCUGAAACACAGUGUGCUUGGCCGGAGGAUGGGUGUGCUCAGUGGGAUGUUUGCUAAACUGACAGGUACAUUUACGCGGGGAAAGAGCCGGGGAAGCCUGGUGCUGAAGCCUUUUUUUUUUUUUUUUUUUUGACCAUUUUCUGCUGUUCCAAUGACGGUGGCUUUGGUUCAUUUAGCAAUUACCCCUCCCCCAUCUCGCCUUUUAGCCAGGUUGGCCAUCAGGCUCAGGUCUUCACCUCCCCAGUAGUUGGGACUUCAGGCAACCAUGCCUAACUGCAAAAAAUUUUUUUUCUGAGCACUUGUAGUAUGGGCCAUGACUAAAGUAGGUUUUGGAGAUGCUGUGUCAACCAGAAAGACACCAUUAUUUUAGGGCUGGAAUCUUAGCUGUGAGACAAAGUCUAGUAAUAAAGAAAGUGUUUGUCAAUAAAUAUAUGCUUUCGCUGUGGUGAGCAAAGCUAUGAAAAAUAACUGCCCUUGUCGAGUUUCUUUCCAGUAUGUGGGUAGACCGUAAGUGGUGUCUAAUAAAUAUGUUCUGUCUACUUAAUACUGCGGGCAGAAAGAAGAGAGGGAAGGAGAAUCUGAGGAAAGGGUGGGUGGCUUUUGUUUUACUCUUUGUAUAUACAGUUUAACCAUGUCUUCCUGACUGACUUGUCUAGAUCUUCCUGCCUCAGCCUCUUGAGUGCUGGGACACCUAAACAUCAGCACCCCUGGGCUCAGAGAGAAUUUAAUUAGCAUCACAAUGGCAGGGCCCUCAGAAGGUGGUGAUUGGACUCUAGACCAUGUGCCUAGGUAGUUUUUCCUUUCUCCGCAGCUCUACUCUCCCAGCAGCGUUCACCACACCCUUGUUUUGAGAACCUCACUAAGCUCUUGUCAGCAUCCAGCCAUGGGGGACAUGAAAACCCCCGAUUUUGAUGACCUUCUGGCUGCCUUUGACAUCCCAGAUCCCACAAGUCUUGAUGCCAAGGAGGCCAUCCAGACCCCCAGUGAGGAGAAUGAGAGUCCUCUGAAGUCUUCAGGCAUGUGUAUGGAUGAGAGCGCAUCCUUGGCUCACUCAGGGUCCGCCCCAGAUGUGCCGGCCGUGAGUGUCAUUGUCAAGAACACCAGCCGCCAGGAGUCGUUUGAAGCGGACAAAGACCACAUUGCUCCCAGUCUCCUACACAACGGGUUUCGGGCUUCAGACCUGCCUCCAGACUCCCACCAUUGUGGGAAGUUCGACUCUACUUUCAUAAAUGGAGACAGUAUUCGGAGUUUUACGGGCAAGCUAGAGUCCUCCAAGUCAGAGCCGUUACCCACCUUCAACCAGUUCAGCCCGAUCUCUAGCCCAGAGCCUGAGGACCCUGUCAAAGACAACAGCGGGUUUGGGAUAAAGUCCAAGCACUCGGAUAGUUAUUUCCCUCCCCCUCCUGGGUGUGGGGCUGUGGGGGGCCCAGUCUUGGAAGCUCUGGGUAAGUUCCCAGUCCCAGAGCUACACAUGUUUGAUCACUUCUGUAAGAAAGAGCCCAAACCAGAGCCUUUGCCUUUAGAGAGCCCCCAGGAGCAGGAGCGGGGUGGGCCGAAGGUGUCGGAGCCUCACAAGGAUCUGGAUUCCAGUCGGUUCUUUGGGGAAUCUUUGGAAUUCAAUAGUCACUCUAGCAACAGUGUUGGAGAGCCCAAGAAGCUUGCUCCAGAGCUUAGUGCUUGCUCCUCUGUGCCCCCUAGGCAGCGUCUGAAGCCAGCCCACUCCAAACUGUCCUCUUGUGUUGCAGCCUUGGUGGCCCUACAGGCCAAAAGGGUGGCCAGUGUCACCAAGGAGGAUCAGCCUGGUCACACAAAGGAUUCCUCAGGGCCCACUAAAGAGGUUUCUAAAGGCAGCCCCAAAAUGCCCAAGUCACCAAAGAGUCCCCGGAGCCCUCUGGAGGCCACUAGAAAAAGUAUCAAGCCAUCAGACAGCCCUCGGAGCAUCUGCAGUGACAGUAGCAGCAAAGGGUCCCCUUCUGUGGCUGCCAGCUCCCCACCAGCAAUUCCCAAAGUCAGAAUCAAAACAAUUAAGACAUCAUCAGGAGAAAUCAAACGAACUGUUACAAGGAUCUUGCCAGACCCCGAUGAUCCAAGUAAGUCCCCUGUUGCGUCACCUGUAGGGAGCACCAUUGCUGAGGCCCCAAGUGAGGUGCCAGGGGAUGAGGGCACAGCCCUGCCUGUGGAAGAGCACUUUCCUGAGGCAGGCAUAAAUUCAGGGAGCCCCCAGGGUGACAGAAAAGGGGACGAGAGCAUGAUAAAGGCCAGUGACUCGUCAUCUCCCUGCCGCAUCUCUGGGCCCCGGGCCCCAAAAGGAGCUGCCCUGAACUCACAGACGAGUAAGAAGCAACAGAGCACAGCACUUCAGGCAUCAACCCUGGCCCCUGCCAGUCUGUUGCCCAAAGCUGUGCACUUGGCCAACUUGAACCUGGUCCCCCACAGUGUUGCCGCGUCUGUGACUGCCAAGUCCUCAGCACAGAGACGGAGCCAGCCUCAGGUCACGCAAAUGACAGUUCCCCUGGUCCACCAGGUGAAAAAGGCCGCCCCUCUAAUCGUGGAGGUCUUCAACAAGGUCCUCCACAGCUCUAACCCUGUGCCCCUCUAUGCGCCAAAUCUCAGCCCGCCUGUAGACAGCAGAAUCCAUGUGCCGGCCAGUGGGUACUGCUGUCUGGAGUGUGGCGACGCGUUUGCCUUAGAGAAGAGCCUGAGCCAGCACUACAGCCGGCGGAGUGUGCACAUCGAGGUGCUGUGCACGCUGUGCUCCAAGACGCUGCUCUUCUUCAACAAGUGCAGCCUGCUUCGGCACGCCCGAGACCACAAGAGCAAGGGACUUGUCAUGCAGUGUUCUCAGCUGCUUGUGAAGCCCAUCUCUGCGGACCAGAUGUUUGUCACAGCUCCUGUGAACUCCACGGCACCAGCAACCCCAGCCGCUUCUUCCUCCCCUAAACCCAACCCCACUUCAGGCAAUGCCAACCCUGCAAUUCCAGCCUUGCCACUUUACCCAGACCCGGUGAGGCUCAUCCGGUAUGGAACCAAAUGUCCUGAGUGUCACAAGCAGAUGCGAGACUAUAUGGUCCUGGCUGCACAUUUCCAGAGAACAGCAGAGGAAACCGAGGGGCUGACGUGCCAGGUGUGCCAGAUGCUGCUGCCAAACCAGUGCAGUUUCUGUGCCCACCAGCGGAUCCAUGCUCACAAGUCCCCCUACUGCUGCCCGGAGUGUGGUGUCCUCUGUCGCUCUGCCUACUUCCAGACCCAUGUGAAAGAGAAUUGCCUGCACUAUGCCCGAAAAGUGGGCUACAGGUGCAUCCACUGUGGUGUCAUCCACCUGACUUUGGCCUUGCUGAAAAGCCACAUCCAGGAGCGACACUGCCAGGUUUUCCACAAGUGUGCAUUCUGCCCCAUGGCCUUCAAGACUGCCAGUAGUACAAUGGACCACAGUACCGCCCAGCACCCCACCCAGCCCCACAGACCCUCCCAGCUAAUUUAUAAGUGCUCCUGUGAAAUGGUCUUCAAUAAGAAGAGGCACAUUCAACAGCAUUUUUACCAGAAUGUCAGCAAGACACAGGCGGGUGUCUUCAAGUGCCCUGAGUGCCCGCUCCUGUUUAUGCAGAAGCCAGAAUUAAUGCAGCAUGUCAAGAGUACCCACGGGGUUCCCCGGAACGUGGAUGAGCUGUCCAGCCUCCAGUCUGCAGCGGACACAUCCUCUAGUCGCCCUGCAUCUCGGGCUCCCACUGAGCCCCCAGCCACAAAUGUAGCUGCUAGAGGCAGCUCCCUGACGGCUGGUCGUUGGGGCCGGCCGGAAGCCCACCGCAGGGCUGAAGCCAGGCCCCGGAUGAGGAGCACUGGCUGGACCUGCCAGGAGUGCCAGGAAUGGGUUCCUGAUCGAGAGAGCUAUGUGUCCCACAUGAAAAAGAGCCACGGUCGGACACUGAAGCGGUACCCAUGCCGGCAGUGUGAACAGUCCUUCCAUACCCCCAGCAGCCUGCGCAAACACAUCCGCAACAAUCAUGACACAGUCAAGAAGGUCUACACUUGUGGGUACUGCACGGAGGACAGCCCCAGCUUUCCUCAGCCCUCCCUCCUGGAGAGCCACAUCAGCCUUAUGCAUGGUAUCAGAAACCCUGAUUUGAGCCAGACGUCCAAAGCCAGACAUCCAGGUGGACAUUCCCCUCAGGUCAACCAUCUGAAAAGACCAGUCAGCAGAAUGGCAGAUGCUCCAGGCGCUAGCAAUGGCGAGGCUGUCUCCUCCACCAAAAGGCACAAGUCCCUGUUUCAGUGUGCGAAAUGCAGCUUUGCCACAGACUCAGAGCCCGAGUUCCAGAGCCACAUACCUCAGCACCAGGUGGACAGCUCCACAGCGCAGUGUCUCCUCUGUGGGUUGUGCUACACGUCCGCCAGUUCCCUCAGCCGCCACCUCUUCAUAGUCCACAAAGUGAGAGACCAGGAGGAGGAAGAGGAGGAGGAGGAGGAGACUGUGGAAGUGAAGGUGGAAGCCGCCGACCCAGAGACAUGCUCUGGAGAGGAGGUGGCCAAGGAAACUAGAGAGAAUGGACUGGAAGAAUGUGCCCGUGAGCCUUCGGUGGCUGACUUAAAGCCAAGGAGGCCACUAGGCCUGUCCCUGGAGGAAGACAGUACCCAAGGCCCCCAAAAUCAACCACAGGCCUCUCAGGAUCAGAACAGCCAUGCACUAUCUCCUCAGGUGUGACCAGAGGCUUUGUGGCCAUCAGUCAGGCCUGGCACCCUCCACCGCUGUGCAGACUGUGAACUAGAAAGCUCUGCCCAGUGUGUGUGACCGCUCUGCUCUCUCUGGAGCAGUGUCUGUCCUGAGCUGGAGACUCUGGAUGUCCCCGGCCCCAGAAAAUGGGGGGGGGGGCAUCCAGAAUCCCCCACAGCUCUGAGUUUGCUCCUGUUAUUUAUGGCUUUAUGCUGCUUCUUGGUACCCCAGUUCUCAUCCGUGUCUUUCAAGCCCCAGGCUAGUCCAACCCCAGUGCUGUCCACUCAGCCUGCAGCUCCUCUGUGCGGCUCUGGGCUCUCUACCUGCUGCGAUCAGCGGGCACUCCUCAGAGCUGUUUUCUGUAGGCACCAGCUCUCCUUCCUGCCUUCAGAGCCCAAGGAGGAGGAGAAUGAAGGGGGCUGGCUGUUCCUCGGGAACUCUGCCCAGCCUGGCUUGGUGAGGUUCCUUGAUCACCCUUUCCUUCCUGUCUUGUCUGAUUCUUUUCCCCAGAACCAUCCUGAGGACCUCACCUGUCACACUGGCUGAUCAUGUCUCCGUGGGGGGGAGCAAUGGCAGUACCCUCGUGUUUGGAACUGAGGGAAGCGUGAAGUAUGGCCAAGGCAGGCAGGUGCCCAGAGCCAGGCCCUCCUGCUGCUGUCCUGCAAUCCCAGACAGGUGGGGCGUGGGUACACAGACAGUGGGAUAUCUGUAUUCUUAAUCCUGUGCCAUUAGAGAGGCUGCUGCCUCGGGCAGGCCAGCCCCUCCUCCUCUCGGCUACAUUCUUGUUGCUCAGAUGAUAUUUCAAUAAAAAAAUCUUCUUACCAUGCAGGUAGGCUCUUGGCAUUCAUCUUCAUGUGAGCUAGCACUUCCCUGCUCCACCCGAGGCUCUUCCCAGAGUUCCCUGACUGCCCCAUCUGAAGGAAGACUGUGUUUCUGCUGCCCAUGGAGCGCUAGGCUCUGGAGCUUGUGGUUGGGAAACCAGGAAUCCUGGAUAUCUUGGUUCUCUGAGACUUCUAAAGGCGCAGAGGGAGGUGUCAGUACUGGUUACAAGCCAUCUCCAAGGACUCUGGCCUAGUGGCAUUGUCCUUAAGGCCUGUUGAUAUUCUCUGGGCAUCUUUCCGUGAAAGGGCUUUCAAUCCAAGAGAUUCUUGGGGAGGGUGGAAAGGAGGAAUUCUGUGACUUCCGUACAGCACUUGGAGACCAUUGCCAUUGCCACAGCAAACCCAGACAAGUGGUAGGCUUAGGGUUAGAUGAGAGGUGGGACCUGCCCGAGCACAGGGACAGGUUGUGGGGAGUGUUCUCUGACUCAGAUGGCCUGCAGCUGGACCAGCAGGAUCCUUCCUGGGCAACCUAGAGAAGGGCUGCUGGCUGAGUUCCUAGACUGGACCUUUCAAAGGAGGUAUGAAUAGCUAUUAAGAAUCAAGUUGGAUAAAUAUGCAUGGCCUUUUCACAAUUGAAGACAUUUUUUUCUUGCUCUAUCUAAGGCCAGAUUUGUAGUGAAUGGCCAAUGGCCGGGAGAGUGAGUGCUUGCUCAGAUCCAGAGGCUCCCUGUCUGUACCAUUUGAAUGAGCAUUCUUCCUGGGAGUCACUUCCCUGCUUCUCCAGCUGGCAGUGAGGGGAAGCCAGCCACUGUCCCUUGCCCAAUUCCAUUGCAUAAAUCUGGCUUCUCUUCAGAUCCUAUCAGUCCUAUCCUUAUGCUAGUCCCCAUUUCAGGGAGUGUCUGUACCCCAGAUCAUUCGUGAGAACAGGUUCUUAAGGAGGUGAACAGAGGGCUUUGAGCUGUAGGUCUGCAUUUCUUCCUACUCAGGAACCACGGGAGCUGGAACCCAGGGGGAGAGACUGGGGUAGAGCACCUGUGCGCAUGCCAACCCCAGCCUCUUGGAGUGGAGAGUAGAAAUUGCUUUGGGAAGCCUGAGCCAUGGCCUGAGUUCUUCCUGCCCGUGACCGGCUCCUAACAGCCCUCCCUCCUCACAGGCUCCACCCCGUCAGAGUGGAGCUAGAAAUCCCCAUCCAGCUCCUCCCAAGCUCUCAUGAAGCCGUGAGUGUGCGAGCACUUUCUAGUUUCCAGAAUAGCAUGGGGGUUCUGCACUCUGGACCUGGAGACGAGCAUAUCUCAUCUGCUGCUCACAUUUGGAUGCGGGGUAUCGGUUAAGAGUUAGCCUGCAUGCCUAUUCAUUAUUCAGUGAAGAUGAAGAUAGCAUUUCCAGUCCCGCUCAUGGCCAGCAUCUUGUUAACUCUUAACAGAGAUGUUCAUUCAAUCCUCCCAAGGACCCCGGUUAUCCUUCUGUUUUACAGAGAAGACAACAGCCUUAGAAAGGUUGAAUGACAUAUGUUGGGCCACCUGUGACGAUGGUGCUGAGUCAGGCCUGUCAACCACUGUGCUCAUUUAGUGACAGGGCUGCUCUGGCUGCUGCCAGCCUGUCGGUGGCACGGAGCCGUCCAAAGCUCACCCUACUCUCUGAAAAGGCAGGGUGCCCCACAGUGUCAGAUCCUCCAUGGAGUCCACCAGUGCCUUGUCACCCCAAGGAGGGACCUGCAUUUCACAUGCGGUGUCCCUGCAUCGUUCAUUCUCACUGGGGUUUACUUUGCUAUCUGAAGACCCGUCAUUUCCGGAGCACUGUAGAAGAGGUUACCUAACUCUCCGGGGAACACACGUCCCCUGGAGCCAGCAUCUCCCGAUUGCGCAUGACCGUUUUCAAUGCACUCUUGUCUGUCUUCUGAGGACGCUUGCUGUAACAGGCACAUCACUGCUGAAGUGGGUACUCUCCUCAUCAAGUUAGAUAAGAUUCUCUCCUCUAGAAACCACCAUCGAAUACACUGAGGCUUGACACGUGACUAGUACUUACACUUUAACUGCUUUGUCUUUGUAAAAUGAUACGCCGAAUUACCAUGGACUAAUUGUUGUAAAGAAUUUGCCUCGUAUGUAAACAGUCUGGGUUUUAAAAAUUUAAUGGUUGUGUUGUGGCCCCUGCCCCCACCCCCCCAGAAUUCCACAUUUUGCCUUGCCCCAGACUGAGGAACGUCUGUCCUGUUCAACAUUGUACAUUCAGCACCAAGUAAUUUUUUUUUUUUAAUUUUUUGUUUGGAAAAAAUAGAUGCAUAUACAUUUGACAUCAAACAAAACAUUCAACAAUACAAAUGAAUAUACAAUAAAAAGUUAACUUCCUGAUGGAGGUGAGCCUCCAGUGCCCUCACCAGAGUUCCUCAUUGUUAUCUUUAUCUUGUGUAUCUUUCCAGAGCAAUUCUAUGCAUUUAUGAGUUUAUAAAUAUGUAUAUUUAUAUAUCUAUUUUUAAUACAAACAGUAGCAUUCUAUA